AUGCCAUUAGGAAUUAAAAAUCUUAAGCGUCUUCGCAAACUGUAUGAUUCUGUUGUCAGCAGGAAAAUUGGGCAUGGGAUAGAGGAGCUAAUGGAUUUAAACUUUCUCUGUGGAACGCUUUGCAUUUCAAGGUUAGAGAAUGUGGUUGAUCAUCGGAGAGCAAGGCAGGCCAAUUUACCGGAGAAGCAGGAUCUAGAAGCUUUGGUGCUGAAAUGGAGUUCUGAUAUCACCGAUUCAAGAAAUGAAAGGAUUGAAAAUGAUGUAUUAGACAUGCUGCAACCUCAUCAGGGGCUGAAAGAGCUGACAAUCAACUCUUAUUCUUCCACAGAGUUUCCAUCUUGGGUUGGAGAUCCUUCCUUCUCUAACAUGGUGCUUCUAAGUUUGGAGAAUUGUGAAAACUGCACAUCCGUGCCAGCUCUUGGGCUUUUAAAAUCGCUCAAGGACCUUUCCAUCACUGGGAUGAGUGGACUGCAGAGCAUAGGUCGUGAGAUUUACGGGGAAUGCUGCUCAAAUCCUUUUCCUUCACUGGAGACUCUUUAUUUCAAAGACAUGCCUGGAUGGAACUACUGGCAUGCCAACGGCGAAGAACAAGUUGAAGUUUUCCCUCGCCUGCAUAAGCUUUCUCUCUUGAAUUGUUCUCGGGUAUUGGGAAGAUUGCUAUAUUAUCUUCCUUCAUUGAAAGAGCUAGUUAUUUGUGAAUCCAAGUGCUUGUCGGUUUCUAUUUCAAGUUUUCCGAUGCUCCGUAAUUUAGAUGUUGAUGGAUGCAAGGAAUUAAUCUGCAGAAGCACGACUCAGUUUAGCUCACUCAACUCCGUGGUUCUUUCAUGCAUUUCAAAUUUCAGUUUUCUAACUUUGGGCUUCAUGCAAGGGUUGGCAGAAUUUAAGAAUUUAAAGAUUACUGGUUGCCAGGAGAUCACAGAUUUUUGGCAAAAUGGAGUCAGAUUACUACAACAUCUGAGUUCCUUACGUUAUUUGAAAAUCAGAAGUUGUUCCAGACUUGUUUCCUUUGGUGCAGAGGAGGAAGGACAAGAGCUGAAACUCGGCUUGCCUUGCUCUCUUGAAAUGCUGAAGUUAAUUGAUUGCGAAAGCCUUCAGCAACCAUUAAUUUUGCAUGGUCUCAGAUCCCUUGAAGAGCUACAUAUUGAAAAGUGUGCAGGGCUGGUUUCCUUUGUUCAAACCACUUUGCCUUGCACUCUUAAAAGGCUAUGCAUCAGUUACUGUGAUAAUUUGCAGUAUUUGCUGGAGGAGGAAAAGGAUGCCAACAUUAGCAGCACAUCUCUUCUUGAGUACUUGGAUAUCAGGAAUUCUGAGACAUUUUGCUACAUGUCUCCUGAACAAAUCGAGAUCAAAUAUUGUGGAAAACUCGCUUGCUUACCUGAGGGUCUGAACAUGCUCAGUCAUCUUCAGGAGAACACUAUAUGUAACUGUUCAAGUAUACUUUCGUUCCCUGAAGGAGGGUUUCCUGCCACCAGUCUGCGAAAGCUCUACAUGGGCUGGUGCGAGAAGCUCAAGGCUCUGCCGGAAAGAUUGCGAAGUCUCACCUCUCUUGUAGAGUUGGAUAUUCAUACACGCCCGAGCUUUGUGUCUUUCCCACAAGAGGGUUUCCCAACAAACUUGACAUCACUUCUGAUCACAAAUCUCAACUUCUGUAAGCCUCUCUUAGACUGGGGAUUACACAGGCUUGCCUCUCUUACUCGCCUCUUCAUUACAGCCGGAUGUGCACAUAUUUUAUCUUUUCCAUGUGAGGAGACAGGAAUGAUGCUGUCAACUUCUCUAUCCAGCAUGUCCAUUAGGAUGAAGAAUGAAUUCCAUUUCAUCUCAGAAGAAAGCAACAGCAUAGAAGCUGAUAUUUGCUUCCUCCUAUUCUUGUAUUCGACUCAUCAUGAACUUUCGGUGUUGGCUGGUAAAAGUAUCUAUUGCUACAUGGAUGUUAAAGGUUACUCUAACUCUGCAAUGACUGAAGUUGGGGCAGACUAA